AUGAGCUACAUCAGCACGUCGCCAGCUUAUGUGGCCAACUUGCCAGGACGCAUCUGGGCGUUUGUUGUGUCUAUGUUUAUGACAUGGGUGGAAAGGGUGUGGCAUGUACUAGAUACGGGGUUGUACUACGUGAUGAACGCGAUCUUGAUGGUGUUGGCGUUUGCUGACAAGUUACUAGACUUCUCAGAUAGAGCUGUCCAGAAUUACGAGCUUGCCAAGAAGGUGUUCAAGUUGUCGAUGUACAAUAGCAUCAAUUAA